UGGGAUGAAAUGGUAUUCUUACGUCGAAACAUCUAGUAAUAGACUAGUUUGAUGUUUCCUGUCUAGGCCUCUGCGUUUGGCGUUGUUGAUUCUUGGCGUGCUCAUUUGAAAACGUGCGCUGAACGCGUGCAGUUCUCGAUCGAUCAGUUUCCGUUGGACCAGCCGUGGAUUUGAAUUCGAUCCGAUCCGAUCCGAUCGGUGCCACGAUACGCCGCGAACCACUCCUUUCACAAUGCAUCCUGCCUCGCCGCAUCAGCAUCGCGCGCGCCUGAACAUCGGAUCGCCGGGAUCGGGUGGUAUACAGGCCUCCUCCUCCACGGAGACCUUCCCGCUCACUCCGCAGCACCAGUCCUCGCAGCACACGGUCCACAUACCGCCCUCCACAUCCCUGCCCUAUCAGGGACUCAAGACCUCUGAAAACGAUGACAUGGGCUGCGUGGAGAUCCUGGCCACGGUGGUGUCCGUGCUGAUAAUGGUGCUGACCUUCCCCAUCUCGGUGUUCAUCUGCUUCAAGGUGGUCUCCGAGUACGAGCGGGCGGUUAUCUUCCGGAUGGGCCGUUUGCGCAGUGGCGGAGCCCGCGGUCCGGGUGUCUUCUUCGUGCUGCCCUGCGUGGACGACUACUAUCCGGUGGACCUGCGCACUGUCUCCUUCGACGUGCCGCCGCAGGAGGUGCUCUCCAAGGACUCGGUGACGGUCACGGUGGACGCGGUGGUCUACUAUCGCAUCAGUGACCCUCUAAAGGCCGUCAUCCAGGUGUACAACUACAGCCACUCGACCAGCCUCCUGGCGGCCACCACGCUGCGCAACGUGCUCGGCACCAGGAAUCUCUCCGAGCUGCUGACCGAGCGCGAGACCAUCUCGCACACCAUGCAGAUGUCCCUGGACGAGGCCACCGAUCCCUGGGGCGUCAAGGUGGAGCGCGUGGAGAUCAAGGACGUCUCCCUGCCCACUGCCCUCCAGCGGGCGAUGGCCGCCGAGGCGGAGGCGGCGAGGGAGGCGCGGGCCAAGGUGAUCGCCGCCGAGGGUGAGAUGAAGUCGUCGCGGGCCCUGCGCGAAGCCUCCGAGAUCAUCUCGGCCAGUCCAUCCGCCCUGCAGUUGCGAUACCUGCAAACCCUGAGCAGCAUUUCCACCGAGAAGAACUCGACCAUCAUCUUUCCGUUGCCCAUGGAGCUGCUGACGCCCUUCCUCAACACCCAUGCAUACUCACAGCACCAGCAGCAGCAACAGCAGCAACAUCAACAACAUCAGCAACAUCAGCAGCAACACCAGCAACAUCCGCCCGCCCCUGCCACGCCCCUUCACCGGCACCAGCACCAACACCACCAGUGACGCUCGAUGUCGGUGCUGCAGCCAUAUCUGGAGGCACUGCAUCGCUGCGAGCUGCGGCGACAGCAGGAGCAGCGGCGGACCGGAGCAGCUGCAGUGCGAUCAGCGGACGACGAUGACGACAUCGUGGGCAUCCUGCUGUAGCAGAACGGCGGCGGCAGCAGCGGCAGAGAGCGAAACUGGCCGGGAAAACCCCGGAAAAUGAGUCAGCAUGGGGUUGGUAUUCCACAAUGCCGGCUGGGGUAACACAGAAAUCUAGAGGUUUUCACUUCAAACAGGUUUUUUGCACUUACUUUUUCUUAGAAUCUAACUUGGCAGUUCGCCACCGACUAUGUUUCAUACCAUCUAAUUGAGUGUUAUAUAUCUGCUGAUAAUAUAUAGUUGAUCUACCAGGUUAUUCCAAGGUUCGUAGGUAAUUAUUUCUUGUUGUUUAUUGUUGUAAAGCCAUGAUUUAUCUUAGAUUUUAGACGAGACGUUACUUUUAAAAUAACCAAUAUUAAAAACCAUUUCUGUUGUACGUUAAGAUUCAAAACACCGGUUGGGAAUAAAAUCUUUAAAAAUUAAA